AUGAGUGUCAAGUACUUGAUGCCACAGUUUAUAGCGUGUUGUUUAGAAGAAAUUGGCCUUGAAGGACGUUGUGGCAUGCCGUUGCGUGAGCUUUUGGAUAUAAUGGAUCCACAUCAUGACGUUGCUUACCGUCGUUAUGCUUGGAAUGUGCUUUGUCAUAUGGAAAAUCAAUUACAUUUCCAUGUGAUGCGGCCAUUAGUGAGGACCGAGGAAGAUGGUAGGACUGGCAUUGAUCACAAGAUGCUGAAUCAUGGAAAGAAUCAAUGCACUAGUUCACGUCGGAAGCGGAAGUGGCAUACGACGUUACUUUAUAAUGGAAACGGUGAAUCAACUGUGAUGAAUACACGAAGACUGGAUGGUGAUGAUAGAACCGAUAGGAUACAAAAGCGACAUAAACACAAGAACCAACCAUUACAGCCUGUACUACCAUCAAUGCGACGUAUAGCAGCACAAAAACAGCGUCAAAGGUUGUCAGAUGCUGAUAGAGAAGCUCAAUGUAAGGUAGAGAGUAGUGGUCGAUUAUGGACAAGGCGACAGGGUAGUGUUGAUGAGUUAUACGAAAAUGGAGAAGAAGUGGUAGUAGAUGGAGAUAAAAAUACAGGAAAAGAUAAAGCAGUGGUGGAUGAUGACGAAUUGGAGAAGCAGGGAGGUAAAUGCGUGCAGAUGAAGGAAAGAGCAAAAGAUAACAUUGAUGUGGAGGUAGAAGAUGCUGCGGAUACAUCUCGGUGGGUCUUACAAAGUCCACGUGGUUUUCGCCUUGGAGAAGAGGUGGAUAUUAGCGGACUGAGUUAUGAAGACGCUGUGGCAAGCAACCAAGAUGGUGUGUUAGGUGUCGUAGCAUGCGAGGACUUACGGCUGAAGUUUCUUGGAGUACAAGACGCAAGCUCCAUCGAUACCAUAUCUCCGCAGUUCGAUCUGUUAGAAAUUAUUGGUCGUGCAAGAGUUCGUGGGGAAAAUGCUGCAGCAUUGACAAACUCGAAAUUGUUUGGAGAUUCGCGUAAGCUGCACUACCUGCUAGAUAUGUUGAUUGUUUCAAACUACGUCGUAAAGAAUAUUGUGACAUCAGAUCAAAGACGAUUCAAUAUUGUUCAUUUGCGACGCUUUGCCAGCAAGUUUCACCCGUCCAUGAUAUCGCCAUCCGCUACAAUAGCAGAGCAAGUGUUCCCGAAGAGCGUUUUAGCACACGCCAUCGUAAGCAUGAUGAAAGAACGAGGAGAACGGACAUGCGUGUUUGCAGACAUUGGGCGCGAGUUGGGCUACGGCAAGCGCCAGCAGGAGCAAUUACGGAACUAUUUUAUCCAGCAAAUGAGUACAAAGGGAAACUUUCCUCUACAACUGUUUAUGGCGCGCUGUAAAACAGGCAGCGAGUGCAUUGGGCGAAAACUAUGGUGCGUUCGUUUACGAAAUAGUUUAGCUGGUUCGCCUGCUGUGUCUUGUCGGCGGCACGGCAGAUCAGUGGCCACCGAGGAGCUUUGUCCUAACACAACAGCUGUAGGCCGACCUGUUGUCGAACGUGGAAUCAUGGAACAAAUGUUUGCGGCAAUUCAAGACCGAGAGAAUCUUGGCGCUACGGUACCCGAACUUCGAGAUGUAUUGGGCGUUCCAACGUUCAAGCUGCCGUACAAGUUGGCCCAGGGAUUGAUUACACAUUACAAUAUUUCUGUGGAACAGAUUGUGCUGGGCAAGAGUACCAUGUAUCGUAUGUUUGUUCCUGGUGCCACAAAAGGAGAUGGAAGUAGUCAGAAUGCUGCAAUUAGCAAUAGCUCCAAGUCGUUAGAUUCUAAUGUUGGUGUGCGAGUAACUCGCGCUACUGACAAGUAUAGCACACCUAAAGAAGUAGAUAAUAACGACAAUGGUAGCAGUCAACCUCAACCAGCUACGAUGAAGGAGGCAACACGAGGAAUGGUGAGGGCAUCAACAAUCGACAGACGAAGAAAGUACAUUUUGAAGCGGGUGCAAAUGGAAAAGGUGGUAUCAUUGCACCAGUUACGUAGUGGCUUGAUUGAGAUGGAGCGAGUGGCGGAAGCUAGCACCAUGGACAUACGCUCAGUACGCCGUAUUGUUGACGAACUUGUUGAAGAGAAGAAAUUAACCAUAAUGGACAUUGCUUUGCCGCCAAAGCAAGUUUUCCAGAAAGCGCAUCGGAAGGUAAAGUGUGCCGUGUUAGUUGGGUACCAACGCAGCCGCGAGGCAAUUCGAGAGUUUGUCAAAGCGUACGAGGAGGAGCAUCAAAGAAAAUAUCAGGCAAACCUUGUGGACCACGAUGAUGAUGACUACGUCGUAGUAUCCAAUCGCCAAAAGCAGCGUCACAGCGGUGGUAGUAUGGUAAAGGGGCUGUGGACGCAGGAUACUGGUGAUCAGGAGAUUGUCACGUACAAUGCGGUGUCAUACAAAUUGGCACGCAUUGGGUUGGUUGAACUACAAAAGCAAAGUCGGAGGCUUGGGAUGUUUUUUGGCAUCAUGUACAAGUGCCGAGCGUUUCAUUUCAUGAUCUGGGAUCGAAUAAAAACUCUAGGGGCUCGAGAACUCAUUGAGAGUUAUCAGGCUUGUACACCUCUUGGUGGAUCACAUCGUGUGAGAAACUGUGUGAACUCCGACCAGGUGCAGGAGGUACCGUUCGCGCUAAAGGAUGUUCUGGAUAUUUUGACGGUGAAAGAGUAUAUUCAACUUGUUGGCGUGGCGGAAUUGCUUACCAGUCGCGAAGAGGCUACGGUUAGGGUGGCUAUAGCUAAGGGCGGAUCGUGGGGCACGCUACCUGAAUCAAUUACUGAAAAGCUUCGGGGGAGUGAAGCAGGUCGAUUUUCGAAGAUAGUGCGUGUCUUGCUCGAUCUAAGGCUUCUGCAAGCAGUGCACGAUACAUCUGCGACGGGUCUUUUCAAUGUAUUCCAUACAUCCGUUGACUUUGAUUCGCUUGUUUCGAGGGUAGCAUUUGCGACGUUGUCGGGAGGACUCUUUAAGAUCAAGCGCCAUGUUCACAUUAGUGUAAGGCAAGGAAAAAGCGUGUUUCAUAGGCUUCCAUCCAAAUAUUCGUACGCUUAUGCACCAGGGUUUUCUUGCAAGAGCAAAAGUGAUCAUUUUGCUGGACGUGUUCCUCUCGAAUUUGACUUUGACGAAAUGGACGAUGUCAAAGCAUACUGGAAGUCGCUACGUUUUUUGAGCGUCGAGGGGGCUCGACUGGGUACUAAAUCGCGUGAACCUAACAGCGUGAGCAUUAAGCUUGAUGGUGCCCUGAUUCAGUCGGCUCCUUUAUCAGAUCAUAACAUUUACGUCUUGAAAGCGUGGGUACCCCACUCGACGACGAGCACGAGAAACAGCACUGCUCGAGCUAAAGCAGCAGCGGGGCCUAUCCAGGAAAUAAAGCGUAAGAGCUGUCAAGCAGCGGCGUCUUUUGCAGAAAUGUCUUUACAAAAGCGACGCAAGAUUGCCAAGACUAGCAACGGCUCAGUUUUAGCUUUGAUGGCUCCAGCCGAUAAGAGUGAAGCUGGUGUCAGUAAGUUCCGCAAGCACAUGGGCGCAAAGACAUCCCGCCGGACCCAUACAUGGACUCUUGAAAAAGAUCUCCAAUUGAUUGAUCUCUACCUUGAACAAGUAUCAUGCACGUGGUUUAUUGAAGUGCCUUUAGCGCUGCAAAAGAAGGACGAACGGGUUGCGUUCCGGACGACAAAAUUGUCCCGUACUUUAAUCUCUUGGAAGGAACUUGGAAAAGUUUUCAAGAAGAAACCAAUCGAGUGUAUGUUGCGCAUAAAUGAUUUACUUGAAGCACCCGCUAUUCAUGCAAAGCUGGAGCGAGCUAAAGCUACUAUUACGCAAAUGAAAAAUCCAGGUGGAGAAUUUCACGAGGAGGUCGCAAUAAUGCGCCAACCGCGAUUGACAGCGUUGCUUUGCCGAGCAUUACAAGUUAUCUUACAUGAACGAUCCAGUUAUUACUCUGUCAUGGCAGAUAUGCUCAUGAGCAGCUGGAAUGAGAAUGAGGUGAAGUUGGUAUGGCGAUAUUUAUGGUUGGCAGGAAUAAUUACGCGGACACCCCAAGCAAACGAAGGGAAAGAUCAUAAACAGCGAGGUUUUCAAGUGCACUCCAAGGUGUUUGAGAUGAAAAGCUUGAAGAUUCCCCAUUACUUAAUGGAAACGUUUUGCAAUGCUGCCAAGUUUUUGUCGUUUGUCAACGAAAACGUUGAUGAAGCCACGAUAAUUGAUGAAGAGAAUGAUCGCUACUUUGAACACGAAAUCGAAGCAAAUAUGUCACCUGGACAAGCUGCUGUGGCAUUGUCUUCAAUGGUUUCUGGGUUUUCAUACCUGGUUCCAGUAUAUAUUGCACCGAGCAAGCGCCCGGAAAGGCGCGAGAUUCAGCGUGUUAUGGCUGUAAAGGGUUUAGCUGGUCAUUUAUCGCAGCAGUGUGGUGGGAUAUUCCCGGAGGAUUUUCUGAAGGAGUAUUGGACGGUAAAGUCUGUAUUUGGGGUGUCUGAUGCUUAUACAAAAGCGCACGAUAUUCAGGUGAUGCAAGCUUUUUCUGACAGCAGACAGACCUACCAAGAAACAAGUCAAUGCAACGCCAACGUUAGAUCUAGAAAACACAUGCCGCAGGAUUCAUUUUCGUCAUGGCUAUCAAGAAUGCUAACUGAAUCUGCGGGGUCAGGCACGACACUCGAUGAGUUAGUUGAGAAAUACGCAGCAUCUGGACUUGCAACAACAUCAAAAUGCACCACAUUGACAAUCAAAUUAGUAAUCCAGCAAGCGAUAGAUAACAUGAUACAGGAUGGCAAGGUGCUUGAGGUGAAUGGGUAUGAUCAGAGCCGCUUUGUGCUUGAGAAAUUUUCAGACCUCUGGACGUUACAUCCCUACCGAGUUACAAGCGAAUCGACCGCAGAGAAGAUGCAUUUCCUGUUUGAUAAAGAGUGUAGUGUGAUUGCACGACCGUGGCUUCUUUUGAAUGGAAGCGUCAACACGAGGAUAGCGUUGCGAUUGAAGCGUAAGGUCGUAAACAUCGUCAUGUGCUGUCCUGGAAUCCGAGAUGGCGCUGUGCACCGGAAGAUGCGCAAGGUUGUUAGUCUGCAGGACAUGCGUUUCCUCUUGGAAGAAUUACUGGCUAGUGAAAUCAUUUACGCCAGAGUAUUUCGUGAUCCACAACCGCUCGUCACCAACGUGUUCAGCAUGUCGGAGAGCCCUCAAGGUUGCCAUAAUGCCACUAUUAUGGCUUUCUCACCUGGAGAAUUGCGAUACAUUGAUUCUUCUCGAGACCGUCUUCAUUAUUUUCCGUCAGUCAAUUGCAUGGAACUCUUUGGAGCAGAAGCGUGUGACGCAGAUUUUGGAUAA